UAAAUCUUAAUAUUUUUAAAAUCUGCAUAGAAUGAGUGAGACUCGUCUCAGAGCCAAUGGCUUCGAAAGAUGUGGACGAAGACGUCGAAGAUAGAAACCAAGAUCUUGACGACGAGACCCUGCUCAAGCAUGCCGUGCAUUAUACGGUAUACAAAAUGUCCCAAGACUGUGGGCGACAUUUCAACAUGGAGUUUUCCAAAUCGGUUGUAGCCACUGUCGCAGAUAACGUUUUUCAGACAAUUCCUGCCUGGGGACGAGACCUGGAAUUGUUUGCGAAAAUUAUCCCACGAAUUUUUUCCUACAUACAAUACGAAACAACAAUGACAUCUUUUCCCAAAGCGGAAGUAAAGCGCUGUUUCGAUUUUGUGGUGGGAAAAGAUUAUCCUGGACCCGGUCACUACAACCCCAGCAAUCCCGAUCAUGUUGCUCGAAUGUCUUCGUUCGCGAAAACCCCGCGCGACGUUUCCUUCUCCAAUGAGUCCAUCUAUCUGACACCCAUGUCAAAAGAUAAUCAUCAUAAUCACAAAGAAUCGAAUAAAAAGGCCACAACAAGGCUUUGUAAGCAGUUUCAUAAGCCUCAAGGACCUGCAAAGCUGUCAUUUGCGGUGGAUAACAGUAAAGAAAAAGCUUCCAACCGAGAUGGAAAUCAGCACGAACGGGACCUGAUGGUUUUGGAACAAAAUUUCCUCAGUCGCGAAAGUGAGUUGACGCGGAAAAUUGUUGAACUACAGGCUGAUCUGGAAAUGGAAAAGAAUAAUAGCAAUGUUCUGCGGGCUGAUUGUGCUGAACUGGCAGCUUUGAAAGGAGAACUUCAACGACGCGAACAAAAUCUGAAUGAAGAAUUUACAGAGCUGCGCGCUGCUUCGGAAUCGAAAAAUCAGGAAUCAGCCUGUAUUUUGAAAGAAAUGGAGAAACUAAAAGGGCUUGAACAAAAUUUCCUCACUCGCGAAAGUGAGAUGACGCGGAAAAUUAGUGAACUACAAGCUGAUCUGGAAAUUGAAAAGAAUAAUAGCAGUGUUCUGCGGGCUGAUUGUGCUGAACUGGCAGCUUUGAAAGGGGAACUUCAACGACGCGAACAAGAUCUGAAUGAAGAAAUCACUCAGCUGCGCGCAGCUUCGGAAUCGAAAAAUACGGAAUCAGCCUGUAUUCUGAAAGAAAUGGAGAAACUGAAAGGGCUUGAACUAAAUUUUCUCAGUCGCGAAAGUGAGUUAACACGGAAAAUCGCUGAACUACAGGCUGAUCUGGAAAUGGAAAAGAAUAAUAGCAAUGUUCUGCGGGCUGAUUGUGCUGAACUGGCAGCUUUGAAAGGAGAACUUCAACGACGCGAACAAAAUCUUAUAGUUUCGGAACAAAAUUUCCUCAGUCGGGAAAGUGAAUUAACGCGGAAAACUGUUGAGCUACAGGCUGAUCUGGAAGUGGAAAAGAAUAAUAGCAGUGUUCUGCGGGCUGAUUGUGCUGAACUGGCAGCUUUGAAAGGGGAACUUCAACGACGCGAACAAGAUCUGAAUGAAGAAAUCACUCAGCUGCGCGCGGCUUCGGAAUUGAAAAAUACGGAAUCAGCCUGUAUUUUGAAAGAAUUGGAGAAACUGAAAGGGUUUGAACAAAAUUUCCUCACUCGCGAAAGUGAGUUAACGCGGAAAAUUGUUGAACUACAGGCUGAUCUGGAAAUGGAAAAGAAUAAUAGCAAUGUUCUGCGGGCUGAUUGUGCUGAACUGGCAGCUUUGAAAGGAGAACUUCAACGACGCGAACAAAAUCUGAACGAAGAAAUUACAGAGCUGCGCGCGGCUUCGGAAUUGAAAAAUACGGAAUCAGCCUGUAUUUUGAAGGAAAUGGAGAAACUGAAAGAGUUUGAACUAAAUUUCCUCAAGCGCGAAAGUGAGUUGACGCGGAAAAUUGUUGAACUGCAGGCUGAUCUGGAAGUGGAAAAGAAUAACAGCAAUGUUUUGCGGGCUGAGUGUGCUGAACUGGCAACUUUAAAAGGGGAACUUCAACGACGCGAACAAGAUCAUAUAGUUUCGGAACAAAAUUUCCUCAGUCGGGAAAGUGAAUUAACGCGGAAAACUGUUGAAUUAAAGGCUGAUCUGGAAAUGGAAAAGAAUAACAGCAAUGUUCUGCGGGCUGAUUGUGCAGCUUUGAAAGGGGAACUUCAACGACGCGAACAAGAUCUGAAUGAAGAAAUUACAGAGCUGCGCGCGGCUUCGGAAUCGAAAAAUACGGAAUCAGCCUGUAUUUUAAAGGAAAUGGAGAAACUGAAAUGGUUUGCUGCUUCGUUUGGAAAAUACAUGGACGACAAAACAUCGACAGUUGGUCAGCAGAUCGACAGUGCAACGUUCUACUGCGACAGCUUAACAGAAAAAGUUGCUCGCCUGAAGUCCUUAGUUUACGUGAAAGCUCAGCAUGCCGAUGAGAGGAAGAAAGAGAAGGAGAAUCUGAAAAACGUUCUGGUUCCGCUAAAUGUGAAAUCGAAAGGACUGACAAAGGAAAUGGGAACAUUGCUGGCGAAAAUUGGUGACGCUGAGAAACGCAAAAGUGGUUUGGAAGUUGAACGCCGCCGGCUGCAACAGGACAGUCAGGGAUUGAAUUAUCGAUUGAAAGCAGUUCAAGAGAACCGUUCUCAUAUCAAGGCAAAGGAAUCCAAAAUGUUGUCUGAACUACAGUCUUUUCAAGAAGGGCGUAAUCACAUGCAUGAAUACCUGAAUAGCAAGAAAACAGCUGUCAUCGCUUUGCUGAACAUUCAUAAGCCAGGACAAUCCUUCCAUGAAAGCGUUUUGUCGGUUGCCAAACAAUAUGGAGAGCAAGUUGGCCACAAGAACCCGAGCCAAAAUUUGCGACGAUCUACGUUUUAUGCUGUGGAAAAUGUCAAGAUGAAAGAGGAAAAUGCUCUCGCUAAAGCGGAAAUUGACCGGAUGGAGGCGGAACUGCGCAAGCUCAAGUAGUGGCCCUUUUUUUCUCAGCUGGGGCUUUGUUGCGAUCGUUUUUAUUUACCUGUAGUUGGCUGGGACCAGUUUAGCUUUUCCUGUGAUGUCGUCAAAGACCUGUGUAUUAUUAUACUUGCGGUAUACAGGGCAUAAUCCAGCAUUAUUCUAUGAGAAUCUUGCCUUGACAAGUUUUAUGCUUCUUUUUUUAGAGUAUUUUGUAGCGAAUCUCUUCAGUGGGUUAGUUCAGCCCUCAUUUUUGGUUAGUUUAAUAUUAUGGUACGAAAAGUGCGAUGCCGAAACAUUGCUUUGAUAUUCUGAGGUUUAAAACGUUUAAUAAAGCAUUACA